CCCAUCUAAGAUAACUUAGAAACAUAUUGUCUUUUUUGUUUAACAUAUCAAAGAUGGCGUCUUCUGAUUCAGAAGAAAUAUAUGAUCCGACCCAUGUCCUUCACUGGCACUUCCCUAAAUUAGCCGGCGGCAUGAUGAGCGCGGAUAGUCACUUGUACGGCCAAGCCUUGGUCCUCCUGAUAACCUUCUUCUCUCUCAUCCUCAUCUUAACCACCGUCUUCCUCUACGCCCACUGGAUUUGCACACGUCGCCGACGCCGGCGUGCUGUUUCGCCGGCACUGAGGCCAGUUGGGCUGGACCCAGACACCAUCAGAAGCUUGCCGGUAGUUUUACACAAGUCUGUUUCCGUGGAGAUGUGCAGAAAGGAUGUUGGAUUGGUUGAAGAAGAAGAGUGCUGUAUAUGCCUGGGUGAGUUUGAAGAUGAGGAGAAGUUGAAGGUGUUGCCUGAAUGUAGCCAUGCCUAUCACUCACACUGCGUGGAUUUAUGGCUGACUACUCACGGUACCUGCCCUCUUUGUAGAGCUUCUCUUGUUCAUCUUUCUCCUUGAUCAAUCAUUUUUCAUGUAUGUAUAUGUAUAUAGUCGUAUAUACUUUUUGAGACCGUCUAUAUAUCUAUAAUAUUUAAUUUGCACAUCAAAACAUACACUUCCCACAUUUAACAA